AUGGAGAUCGAAAUGUUAAAAGUAGAAGUUGAUGAAGAUGAGAUCAAAGAAUCAACUUUUAGCUACAAUGCUCAGUACGUAGAAGAUGAAAAGUUAACUCCUAAACCAAAUAUUGAACAAUUUUUAGAAGAAAAUAAGGAAUCUCAUAAGACAAUAGAAACUCCAAAAAAAUAUGAAAAUGGGGUAUUAUCUGAUUUGAAAUUGAAUGAGACUCCCAAGGAGACUAAUCCAAAGCAACAUAAGUCUCAGAAAUUACGUCUUCAAGAGCAUAUAGAAAUAGUCCAUUUGAAUAUAAAGCAGCAUAAGUGCCACCUCUGCGAUUAUGUCGCAGCUCAAAAAGGAAAUCUUAAAGCUCAUAUUCAAUCAGUCCAUUUUAACAUAAAGAAACAUAAAUGUCACUUAUGUUGUUAUGGUUCAGCUCGAAAGGUACGUGUUCAAGAACAUAUAGAAUCAGUUCAUUUAAAUAUAAAGAAAAAUAAAUGCAACUUGUGUGAUUAUGCAGCAGUUCAAAAAGGACAUCUUAAGGUUCAUAUAGAAUCAGUUCAUUUAAAUAUAAAGAAACACAAAUGUCACUUAUGCAAGUAUGCUUGCAGUCGUAAAGCAGAUCUCAAAGCUCAUAAAGUAUCCAUUCAUUCGACAGUUAAGUAA